UCUCAUUCUCGUCCAAUAAAACAGAAGCUCUCCAUGUAGCUACCGGGGAAGGCUAGGCUAGUGGAAGAUUUUGUUGAAGAUUGUGUUUUCUCUAUCACCCCAAUUCACAGAGAUUCUUACAUCCAAAAUGACGUACAGGAGAGAUCGGAGUAUACGAGAGGUGUAUGAUGACCGCUUUUUGGGAGAUAGACCGGGUCCUUACCCACGGGCAGCUGGGGCAGCGGAGAGAAGGGGCCCCUUUGGCAGGCCGGAGGAGGACUAUGGCCGUGGCGGGUACGAAUACGAAGGAGGUCCACGCUUUUUUCCAAAUGGAGGAGGCCAACGAAAUUAUCAUGAAGAUCAGAGGGGCUACCAUGGUGACAACGUUCAUUUCUCUGCUGAACGCAGAGCUGUUCCACCUGCAAGAAGGGAGGAAUACCCUUACAGAGGGCCCAGGGAGGACCCGCACGCAGGACGGCCUUUGGAGUUUGGCGCCCGUGCGCCGCCACCUCCUCCUCACAACGUGCGAAACCAGGGUGUCUACCCAGCGGCCCGAUCACUCCCGGAGAGUGGGGAAGACACACUCGUGCAAGCCAUCCUCAACCUGGACAGAGGGGAGGACAGAGACCCCUUCAGGAGAAAGGCGGCCUCGGCCCCGUUCCCUCCACCCAGAGAGCGCUCGCCUGUGCGCCGCGAGGUGGCCCGUUCCCCCCACAGUCGCUCCGGCUCCAGCGUCAGCAGCAGAAGCUACUCGCCAGACAGAGCCAAGAGCCUGCCAUUUCCCUCGCAGCAGGACAAGAAUGUGGACGGUCCAGAGGGGGUUUCUGAGCACCAUUGGGGGGCGCUCUUUUCUCAACAGAGUGGACAUGAAACUUUGGACAAAAUUCCAGGCCUGUCAAGAGAAGGCUCCCCACACAGCGCAACCUCGAACAAGGAGGAGAACCAUCCUCCAGAAGUAGAAAAAGAGGAGCCUCCGGUGGCUCCAGUCGUCGAGGAGAGCCAAAAGUCGUCUACAGACAACUUUCAAGAGCGACGAGCCCUCGCCAUCGCAGCCAAAGCUCAGGAGAUCGAGAAGGUGUACCAGCAAGACUGCGAGACAUUUGGCAUGGUGGUAAAGAUGCUGGUGGCUAAAGACCCCAACCUGGAGAAGCAGCUGCAGGUUCCCCUCAGGGAGAACCUCGGGGAGAUCCGCGAUCGUUGCCUGGAGGACCUCAAACACUUCAUCAACGAGCUGGACGAGGUGGUCCGGCAGUCGGAGCCUUCUGUUUGUGACUCGACCACCCCAUCAACAGCACUGACGGGUCAUAAACUUUCAAAGACGGCAGUCAAUCACAGCUCGUCUUACUGACACAUUGGCCAUCGGCUCUUCGUGCGACUGAGCGUGGAAGGAUUGACUUCUGAACAUUAUGGAUAUUUCAAAUACAUGUUUGCUGGACUUGGAAAGGAUCCUACAGCACAGCAACGUGAAGAAAAACUCUGAAUGGAAUUUAUGCAGUUUGCAUUGUUGGGAUAAACAGUGUUAGUUUUGAACAGACUAUUUUCUACCAUACUUUUCUCUGUUGAAAGAUGGAGAUUAUAAAAUGUUAAAAGUUGUUCCACUGUCAAAUAACUGUCCUGCAUCCCAUGGAAAUGAUUAAGAUAGGUUUUUUGUUAUUUAAACAAUUUUGAUGAAAGUAGGUUGUUGAGAAUAGACAGACCUGCAGCACGAACACACUUUUCUAAAGGAAAAGCCUGAUAAGACUGUUUUUGUUUUGUAAUAUUUUCAGUUAUGUACAUUUUGUAGCAGUCGGAUGUAUGACUCAGUGCUGCUAAAUUUACAGUUCUACAUUCUUGUAUACAUUUGUACUGUCUGGAAAUGCCAGUUUGGUUACUUUUCAUUGUUGUCUCUUUAACUUUAAUUUCCUUCCCAGAAAAACCUGCACAAGGCUUGAUUUAUUUUUGAUGACAUCGAGACAAAGUUGAAGUAAAGAUUGUUUCUGUUAA